ACGAUUUCAUCCUUUCAACAGCCAUUCGGUUUGCUUGCUCCUUACCCUCUUUUCAUACCUUCAUUUGCGGAUCGGAAAUCGAAUUCACUCAUUUCAAUGCUUUUUCAACCCCAGUAUAUUCCUAGGAUCCUACGAAAGCCGGUCUUACGUCUCCUAGUUGUCUUCCUUUUUGUCUUGGACGCUUGCCACAUUUGUGAUAUCCAUUCACACCACGUCGCUGCUCGCCAAAGUCCCCCGGCUCGUAACUCAAAACGCAUAUAUAUUGCCGCAAACCACUGGAACGAUGCUCCACUUCUUCGAGAGUAUUGGAACAACGCUCUGAUAGCUCUGGUAAAAGAACUGGGGGUCGAUAACGUCUACGUCAACAUCUACGAAAGCGGUAGCUUUGACGAAACGAAGGAUGCUCUGAGGGAACUCGAUAAUGCACUGGGCGAGUUGCAGGUUGCUCGUGACAUUUCCCUCUCGUAUGAUUCACACGAGCAUUUGAUUACACAGCAGCCAGGCGAAGGUUGGAUCGAAAUACCUGGAGGUGAAAUGGCGCUACGCCGAAUUCCAUUUCUCGCCAGACAACGUAAUCAGCUCGUGCAUUCGUUGAGAGCUGCUGCUGAAAGAGGGUUGCAUUUCGAUACUGUGCUUUUCUUAAAUGAUGUCAUAUUCACGCCCGAAGAUGUACUCACACUCCUUGAUACCAAUAGUGGUAACUAUUCGGCAGCAUGUUCUCUUGAUUACGCCAAAUUCCCGCAGUUUUACGACACAUUCGCCCUUCGCGAUUCCGAGGGUCACCAAAUAGUGAUGCAGACCUGGCCGUACUUUCGAUCCGCAGCCUCACGCUACGCUGCCCAGCGAAUGCAGCCGGUACCUGUCUCUUCUUGUUGGAAUGGCAUGGUCGCUAUGCCGACCGCACCUUUUCUUGCCGAAAAUCCUCUUCUGUUCCGCGGUAUAUCGGAUUCGCUAGGCUCGUAUCAUCUGGAGGCGUCCGAGUGUUGCUUAAUCCACGCCGAUAAUUAUUGGACCUCUAGAAAAGGGGUCUUUUUGAACCCCUCGGUAAAGGUGGGGUAUAGUAGCGAGGCAUUUGAGGCCAUUCGUAGAUCUUCCUCGAGUAUGUCGAUAAUAGAUGUGUAUAAAGGGGUUUGGGCGAAUCGCAUUUUGCGUUGGACGUCUUCACUCAAGACAGCUUAUGAGGAGCAUGUAGUUCGGGAAAGAGUCACGGCCUGGAAAGAGAAGCAUCAGGGCGAGUCAGAACCAGGAAUUUCUUGUCUGAUCAAUGAAAUGCAGGUCAUUCAUGCCAAAGGAUGGAGACAUCUCAAGUGCAAAGUAUCACCCCGCCAAAAAUGCCUAAGAAAGAGCUGCCUACUAUCCACCCCACUGACGAGCUACCUUACAACACUCCACCAUCAUAAUUACAAACAACGCGCAUCAAUCGUCCACCGCUCCCCAAUCGCCCCAAAAAUCAUUUAUCACAACUAUAUAACGAGAGCGGAUAAACCCAACACCACAAUGUCCACAAUCCGCCCAAUGCGCGCCUCGGACUUGCUGCGCAUGUCAACCACCAACCUAGAUCACCUCACCGAGACCUACAACAUCGGUUUCUACCAGGAAUACCUGACCAAAUGGCCAGACCUAUGUCGCAUCAUCGAAGGCGUAGACGGUGAAAUUGAAGGCUACAUUCUAGGCAAACUUGAAUCCUCGCCCUACCCUUCGCCCACAAACCCUUACACGCCCUCGACAUGCCCAGACCCAAACUACCUCCCCUGGCACGGCCACAUCACCGCCCUCACCGUCUCCCCGACCGCGCGCCGUCUAGGCCAUGCCACCUCUCUUUCUACAUCGCUGGAGCAGGCGUCCGAUGCCGCCGAUGCGUGGUUCGUGGAUCUAUUCGUGCGCGAGAGCAAUGCCGUCGCGAAGGAGCUGUAUCGCAAGAUGGGUUACAGCGUCUAUAGGAAGGUGGUUGCUUAUUAUAACGAUGGCGAGGAUGCUUUGGAUAUGAGGAAGAGUUUGAGUAGGGAUAAGGAUAAGGAGUGUGUUAGGGAGGGGGGCGAGGCGGUGGAGGUUCGCCCUGAGGAUGUGUGGUAG